AAUAGAAUUAAAAAUCAAAAAUUUGAAAUCAAAAGUAGAAUCUAAACCUGUCAGAAUAUCUUUGAUUAAUAUUAAUUAACACUACAAAAAUAAUUUAAAAGCUAAUUAAAAAGUAACAUACAUUUUUAAAUGAAUUGCUUUUAAUGCAAAUAACUCCUAGAAUUCGUCUGCUUAGAUUGCUCUGAAGAAAUAUGCAGUACUUGCGAUAAGAGACAAAAGCAUUUGAUUCAUGAAAAAUAAAAAAUUUAAUGCAUUACUAAUAAAUGUAAUUCCAUUAAGGUAUAAAUUGAUGAUGAAAAAAAAUUUAAUGAAAUCAAAGAAAAUUUGAAUUAAAAUGUUGAAUCUGCAAUAAAAGUAUUAGAAAAUUUAUCAGAAAUACAAUAAAAAUUCCAAAAAAUGGUGCAGGAUGCUGAAUACCAUUGUGAAAUAAAGCGUUUAUCGAAGAAAUUUACAGAGUCAAUUGGAAAAAAAGAAACAGCUCCUUUCUAAAAAGAAACAUUAAUUAAGAUAAUAUCAAAAUCAAAAAAAUGUGGAUUUAAUUUAGGAGAUAGUUAUUAGGAGAGUAGCUUAACUAUAAAUUAAAUACAAGAAUAGCUUAGUAACUAGUAAAAGCUUAGCAAAUAGCUUGAAAAUGAAAUUAAAAAGUUACAAGAUAAGAUAGAAGGGAAUAAGCUACUUUCAAUAUAAGAUUCUAACUAAACUGGAACUGAGUAUGAUAGAACUGCCUAUUAGAAAAGAGAGUCAAACAACAAUAUAUAACAAGAAAUUCAAUAGGCAACUUCAAUAAAUACUAGAUCAACAAGGAAAAGAAAAGUUGAUAAUUAAGAUUUAGUAUCUCCUAUUAGUAAAUAAAAUGUAAGAGAAGAUUUAUCAACUCUAAAAUUAAAUAAAAUGGAGAAUGCCACUUAGCUAUGUAAAGACUCAUCUUCUCCAUUAUUGAUUAAAAAAUUAAAAAAAAAUCUAUAAUAACUUUAUUGA